AUGAACGCCUCCUUCCGCUCGACCUCCCGUUCCCUGCAGAGGGCUACAAAAUCCUUACAUUCGCUCUCCAAAGCUCGUCAGAUACCCCGAGGAGCCAACCUGCGAACAUUUCGUGAAACUCAAUCAUUUCAGAGUAAUAUUAGACUUUCUGGUGCUACUGCUGCUCCCAAAAGCUUUGUCCGAAACUACGUCACCGGUCAAGAUCAACAGCGACCACCAAAACCCUCAAAUCCUCCAACUACUUCAGCCAGCGGACCCAUCGGUGGACCAGGCGCACCACGACCUCCAAAAGACGAUAAACUAAAGGCUUGGCCGUUUGUGCUGAUAUUUGCGAUCGGUGCUGUCGCUUUUGCUGCGGUUCUAGAUAAAAAGCAAGAAAGAACAAAAAUGCCAGUCGUCCCAGCUGCUAAAUCCGAUUCCGAUGGCCUUCCCAGGCUCCGAGACGACGGUCCCAUCUUUGACCCCAAGGAUAUUAAAGUCAUCUUCGUUCUCGGCGGCCCCGGUGUUGGAAAGGGUACUCAAUGCGCCAGGCUAGUUAAGGACUAUGGCUUCGUUCAUCUCUCCGCUGGUGAUCUUCUCCGCGAAGAACAAAGCCGCGAGGGAACCGACUAUGGUGAAUUAAUCAAGACUUACAUUCGCGAAGGCAAGAUCGUCCCAAUGGAAGUCACCAUCGUUCUCCUCGAAAAUGCCAUGAAGCGUAACAUCGAACAAAAUAAGAAGUCCAAGUUCCUCAUCGAUGGGUUCCCACGACAGAUGGACCAGGCCUUGAAGUUCGAGGAGGUAGUUGUUCCUAGUCAGUUCACUUUGUUCUUCGACUGCGAUGAAGACACCAUGACCAAGCGACUUUUGGAACGUGGAAAGACUAGCGGAAGGAGUGACGAUAAUAUGGAUAGUAUUUUGAAGAGAUUUAGGACAUUUAAGGAGACUAGCAUGCCUGUAGUGAACUACUUUGAAAGCCAGAAGAAGGUGGUUAAGGUUGAUGGUGGAAAGAGUAUUGAUGCUGUUUAUAAGGAUGUGGUUUCUUACAUCGCGGACCGAUUAAAGUAG